AUGCCCUUUAUUAAAGUCAUCAAAACUUUCCUACGAACAAGAUCACGCAUGUUAUUAUCCUCAAUGAAUGAGCCUGUCCUACAAGCAAUUUGUGAGAGACUUCUACCUUCAAAAUAUCGCAUCCCAGAACUUUUCGUUG